AUGAAUGUGAAAGUUGCUUCUAGCAUUGAUAAGCAAAGUGGUGUAGCUGAUGAGUUUGUCCAUAAUAUACUGGCCGAAAUGGUCAUGGGUGGAAUGGUUUUGGAGACCAACAUGAAUGAAAUUGUCACUCAGAUUGAUGCUCAAAAUAAACUGGAGAAAUCUGAGGCUGGUUUAGCAGGAGCUCCAGCCCGGGCUGUUUCAGCUGUAAAGAAUAUGAAUCUGCCAGAGAUCCCAAGAAAUAUUAAUAUUGGUGACAUCAGUAUAAAAGUGCCAAACCUGCCCUCUUUUAAAUAACAUGGCUACUCCAGGUAAAACCAAGGAAGAAGUGUAAUAGAGAUUUACUGCAUAAUUGUUUACUAAAUAAACAACAUGUCUAACUUUUACUAUUUGGAUAAAACUCAAGGUACUGCAUAGACAUAAUUUGAAAAAUCAGUGUGUGGAGUUGAAUGUUGCUUUUGUCUUGUUUGUGAAAUUAAAGAAAAUGGGUAAUUAUUGUGUGAUUUCUAAAUUACAUUCCUAUGCCCUUAUAAGGCAUAUCACUGUGUCCUGGCUGCUGCAGUAUUUUGGGAAUGUAUUUAAGAUGUUCUUUACUUUGUACAACCUAUAAUGCUGAGUUUUUUGUAUAUUCGCUAUGGUCUAUAAUUAGUGCAUUCCUUAACUACUACUGCUGUUCGUCAUGAUUAUUUAAGACUUAAGUGCAAAUGUUGCAUGAAAACAUUUAACUCGUUUUGUUUAAAUAAAAUAAUAACAAACUGGACUUCUAAAUACCUGUUUGAAAUCUACUCUUUGCAAUAAAUCAUGUUAUUUCCUAU